AUGACGACCCCUGUGCUGCAGACAUGGCCCGUCCAGAGGGAGUUUGACGCUAAGAACAUGCCUUUCCGUCGCCUGGGCCCUAGCGGACUUCGCGUUCCAUUGUUUUCUCUGGGAGGGUGGCUGACUUUAGGAGGUACUGUUAUUGGCGAUCCGGUCAAGGAAAUCAUCAAGACCGCCUUCGAAAAUGGGAUCAACAUGUUUGAUACCGCUGAAGCGUACGCUGCUGGGAAGUCUGAGGAGGAGAUCGGUCGCGUUAUCCAAGAACUGGGUCUUCGCCGCACAGACCUGGUGAUCACGACGAAGCUCUUCUGGGGUCUUCGAAAGGGGCCCAACGAUGGAGGUCUCUCACGCAAACACAUUAUCGAAGGAACUAGGGAGUCAUUGGCCCGCAUGGGCCUUGACUACGUUGAUGUGAUCUUCGCCCACAGGAUGGACCACAACGUGGGCAUGGAGGAGAUUGUCCGGGCAUUCAAUUAUGUUAUCGACAAGGGCUGGGCUCUGUACUGGGCUACCUCGGAGUGGAGCGCUCAAGAAAUCGAGGAAGCGUACCAUGUUGCGAACAAGCUGGGUCUCGUCGGACCGAUUGCUGAGCAAUGCAAACACCAUAUGUUCCAUCGUGAGCGACCAGAGAAAGAAUAUGCACCUUUGUACAAGAAGUACCAUAUCGGCACCACCACAUUCUCUUCUUUAGCAUACGGAAUGCUCACCGGAAAGUACAAUAACGGGAUUCCCGAGAAUAGUCGCUUCGCAACCCAUUCGGACUUCUUCAAGGAUACGAUCAAGCAACUCGAAUUGUCUGAGGGUAAAGAGCAGAUCCGAAAGGUUAAGGAACUUACAGCAUUGGCCGAGAAAGAGCUUGGGACCACCAUGGCUGCUCUUGCACUCGCCUGGGUGGCAAAGAACCCCAAUACAUCAACUGUCAUCCUUGGUGCCUCCAGCCCAGAACAACUCUUGGAGAACCUCAAGGCCGUUGAGGUCGUGCCAAAGCUCACCCCAGAAAUCAUGCACAGAAUCGAGAAGAUCCUCGGAACAGAGCCCGAGCCUCUCCCGUCAUACGGCAGACCUGUUCUUGACAGGUUGGGCAGAAUCUGA